UGCCGGGUCAGCUAGUCUAUUAAUAAAAUACUAUUUGACAUAUAAAAUAGUUUUAAAUAAUUUAUUAAUUAAAGGUUUUAAUUUCGUCGUAAAGUAUUGCCAGAUACAUAACCUAGAAAAAAUUGGCAGUUACUUUAUCAAAACUACUUUUAUUUGAUCAAUUUGAUUUGUCACAAUGUUUGUCAUUAAAUCGAAGGAUUUAAAAACAAAUGUUAAUGUCGGAAAUGAGGAUAUUGUUGGUGAUCCGGCUUCUCUUAAAAUUGAAGAUGAAACAAAAUUUUUUUAUAAAUCAAAAAUUUACAGUGGCCGCGUCAUUAAGAUAUCUGAUCCCAAACUAAAACGCAAGAGAGACAAAAAAAGAAGUUACUCUCCUUCGGAUUAUGAUAAGAAAUCCAACAAAUCAAAGGAAAAUGAUAAACAAGCUAAGAAAUCAAAAAAGUUAAAAAAAGAUGAGUCCAGUUCAUCUAGUGAAAACUCGGAAGAUGAUAGUAAAUCUAAGAAAGAUGAAGUGUCCGACAUUAGUUCAUUAGAAGAUUCAACUGAAAAUCUCGAAAAGCCAAAAAGUACUGGAAAGGUAGAUAAACACUUUAGUCGUAGAGACGAUUCAUCCGAUUAUUCGGCCCUUAACAAGAAAAACUCUCUACCUAAAGAGGGAAAAAAUACAUCCUCAAAGACUCAUUCGUCUUCGGCUAGUGGAAACUCUACACUGGAACGUACGAAAAAUGAUGAGCUAGAUAACCAUGGCAGGGAGUCAGGAGUUCAACAAUCAAGUUUAGACAAUGAUGAUCAUCUCUUGGGCGUUGCGAGUGCCGAUAUGGUUCUGUUAAAAAAUAACAUUUACGUGAAAAAAACCGUGUUAGAUACAGCAAAACGUACAUCUUCUCAAGCAUCGCACCUUGCACGACAACUAUUAGAAGGGGUGAUAAAAGCAGAAAUCUUACAACGCAGCACUUUAACCGGAAAGGCAAUGAGAGGGAAGAAAGAUCCAAACGUUUUACCGUUGCAUGCAGGUGCCAAAGAUGCCAUCGUUGCGUAUGCUCAAGAAAUAGCUCGGGAAAAACAUUGGACGGCUCAGGAUGUUAAAACUAUUGAGAAAAGUAUAGGUCAGAAACUUACGGAAAUCAGAAAUGCACACAAGAAAAAUCUGGAAAUUCGUCAAGCUUAAAGAUCAAAAUAUAAAUUUAUAUCUCUAUUAUUGUCUUAUUUAUAUUUUAGAUCUUAAGUAAUUGACGUUCUGACACAUAUCUGAUUCAUUUUAAAUAUUUGAAAAAAAAAGGAGUAUUGGUUCUUCAGUAAGUAGAUGAGUACUUGAUGAUAAUUAUUUAUGAUCUUAAGUACAAGCGCAAUGAUCUUAAAAUGAUCUAAUAUUACAUUGUUUGUAUUCUAGAAUCUAGUUUGUAAGGACGUUUAAAAAAUUGUUUUACUUUAAAUUUAAGAAGAAAAUAAGAAGAAUCGGUUUAGGUUCGUUAGUUAUGUUCAAUACCACAUGAAUCAAAUAUUGAUGCUUGGUACUAAUCAUAAAUAAUAUCCACUGCAAGUACUAUUAUCUCAAAUUGAUCUUAUAUUGUAUUGUUUUUUUAUAUUCUAAAAUCCAGUUUUUGAAGUUGUUUAAAACAUCGUUUUGCUUUUAAUUUUGAAAAAAGAAAAAAUUAUCGACUUAAGUGUUUUAUUUUCGUUGAAUAGUUGACUUAGACACAUAUCUGGUUAGUUUUAAAUAUUUGAAAAAACAAAAAAAAAUAAGAAGUAUUGAUUUUUUAGUUAGUAGAUUGAUGCUUGAUGAUAUAAUUAUACGCACGAUCUCAAUAAUAGCAAGUAGAUUUAUCUCAAAUGGAUCUUAUUGUAUUGUUUGUUUUCUAGAAUCUAGUUUUAAAGAUUUUUCAAGAAAUUGUUUUAUUUUUGGUUAAAAAAAAAAAAAUAAUGAGAAAUAUCGGGUUAAGUGCUUUGGUUUUGUUGAAUAUGAUAUGAAUAAAAUGUUGAUACUUAAUGAUCAUCUAUGAUCUUUACUACAAGUACUAUGAUAUUAAAAAUUAAUCUUAUUUUGUAUUAUUUGUAUUCUAGAAUCUAGUUUUUAGAACUGUUUGAAAAAUUGUGUUAAUUAAAAAAAAAUAAGCAUCAGCCAAAGUUCUUAAGAGGCGUCGAACAUGAUGACAGUAAAAAUAUUUAUUUCGAUGUGAUCUCAAUAACAAUGCACGAUUGAAAAAAUAACUCAAACUUACUUAAAAAAUAAUUUUCAUUUCACGUUGAAUAAUUUUUUAGUUAACAAGAAGAAUGGUUAUAUAAUGAACCAAAAACCUCUUUUUACUAGUGUGGAGCAACUGAUUAUAGCGUAUCAAUAAAAACUAGUUAAAAGACUACUUGUAUGACGUGUGUUAGUUUUCAACAAAAUAUUUUAUGUGUGUUGUAGAUGUAAUAAAUUAUUAGUUUAUUAGUUUUAUUAAA